AUGAAGAUUGAAAUGCAAAAUCAAACGUCAGAACUUACCAACACAUUGCUCGUAAAAAUGGAAGAAAAAUUAAAACCCGUUGUAGAAGAAAACCAUAUACUUAAACUUAAAGUAGAAAAGCUGGAAAAGAAGGUGGAGUCUCUAGAGCGAGAAAAGAAGAAAGACUACUCUAAGGAAACGUUAGAAAUUAGGAAGUCACUGCAACCCCAACUAAUGCAAGAAAGACAAAAAGGAAACUUGGCUUACAUAAAGUACGAUAAACUCAUAGUAAAAGAAAAUUCAAAAGUCAUAGAUAAAAGGAAGAGAGAAAAAUCAACAUCACCACAAGUCGAAGCAAAGCCAAAGAAGCAACAAAUGCAAAGCACAUCAAAAAAUAAACUAACAUACACGCUACAAAAAAUAAAAAUUGACAUACUUGGACUGGCGGAAGUGAGAAGAAUGGGCUAUGUAAUCGAAGAACAUGAGAACUAUAUUUUCUGUUAUAAAGGCAAAACACUUGGCUUAUAUGGAGUCGGCUUUUUAAUAAAAAAAGAAUAUAAAGACAAUAUUGUAAGCUUCACAGCGCUCUCAGACCGUGUUGCACUAUUAAAUAUUAAAUACAACAAUCAAAUGCUUACAAUAAUACAAGUAUACGCACCUACUGAAAAGGCCACCGAUGAAGAAAUCAACUUAUUCUAUGAAACUUUGCAAGUAGCCCAAAGCCAGGCAGCUGACCAAGUACUCGUUAUCGGUGAUUUUAAUGCCAAAAUCGGCAAACCUACCAUGGAAGACAGCGAUAACAUUGUUCUUGGAAAAUUCGGCUAUGGAAUCAGAAACGAAAGGGGAGAGAAACUGAUACAAUACGCACUCGAGCACAAACUUACAAUUAUGAACUCCUUCUUUAAAAGUCGAAAUAACCGCAAAUGGACUUGA